AUGGCAACCCGCGGGCUGCUGCUGGCUUCCUGGGCUCUCGUUGCGGCUUUGCAGUUGCAGACUGAUGCGAGGCCCGCGCCCUACGGGGUGAAGUUGUGCGGCCGCGAAUUCAUCCGUGCGGUCAUCUUCACCUGUGGGGGCUCACGAUGGCGCCGGGCAGACAUCUUGGCCCAGGACACUCUGGGGGACUUCUUCCCUGAUGCAGAAGCCAAUACCGACAACCUAGCGAGCGAACUGGACGAAGCCGUGGCCUCCAGCGAGUGGCUGGCCCUGACCAAAUCCCCCCAGGCCUUCUAUAGCGGCAGGCCCAGCUGGCAAGGGUCGUCUGGAGCGGUUCGGGGCAGCAGAGACGUCCUGUCUGGCCUUUCCAGCAGCUGCUGCGAGUGGGGCUGUAGCAAGAGCCAAAUUAGUAGCUUGUGCUAGGACCCCGGUGGGGCGAUGAGGAAGCGGCCGGGUGCCUACAAUCCACUGUGCACGCUCACAAGCAUUCCUCCAGGCAAGGCAUUGAAGACUCCGCGGUCUCCUCACAGACCCUCUGCUCCGAGCCACACCCCUACCCAGCCGAACAGAAACUUGAUCUUCAAGGCCGAGUUCUUCCCCUCCCCAACCCCAGUCCCAGGGAGCCCGACUGCAGCCAGGUGCCCACCUACCCAAACUGACCACACUGAACAAUGUCUGAUCCUAAUUGCCCCCUUUGUUCCCCAGCCAGUGCAACCUGCCCCCUACUCCUUCAGUCCCCACCCCAAAGCACUCUGCUGCUGACACCAGGACUGGGGACACGGGGUCCCCAAUACUCAGACUUUCCCACCACAAAAUAAAGGUUCAGUUCUGAGCA